AUGGCCUAUCGUGGAGGAGUGCUGCUUGGCCUGGAAGUGCGAUUCCAAAAGAAGCACGUCUUCAUAGAGUUGCCUGAUGAAGCGCCCGUUGUAGCAAUUAAAAAUAUGAUGUCAAAAUUACUUCAGAUUCCUGCCGAUCAAUAUAAGAUAGUUUGGCGCCAAGAUGGAGAGAACUGGAAGGUACUUGGAGAUGAGCAGACACUCGCCCAAGCCGGUUUCAGUCAAAAUAAUGCACGGGUUCAGCACCCAGCAGUCGUUGGCAUGCUGAAACUUGGCCAAGAUGAGCCUCAAAUCACUCCAUUAUCUGGCCCUCCACCGGUCCCUGAUAGUCUUCGUAAUGAUAACCACGAU